AUGGAAGGCAACAGUAGUAACAGUGCAGUAGGCAGAGCACUAAUGCAAAUACCUCAACUUUCAAGCAAGUCGUACAAAUUCUCACCGGAUCCGCCGACACAGCCAAACAAGCCUCCUCCCCAAGAUCCUCUGCCACCGCCGCCAGCGAUGAGGGGCAUCACCCAUUUCCCCAUUCCUCCCAUCAGAAGCAUACCCAACAAGAAACAACAGCAGCAGCAACUCUACGAGAGGAGGAGCAACAGCUUCAAGCACUCUAGCCUCAUGAUCAACACUCUGCUUCUAGGCGCCGGACGUUUCGACUUCCAUUCCAAUCUCAUCUCGUCUUCUUCCCCUUCCUCCGCCUCCGUUGCGGAGAUCUUGUCGCCGAGCUUGCUGGAUUUCCCCAAGCUGACGCUGAGCCCAGUGACUCCGUUGAAUCAAGACACAUUCUUCCACAAUAACGGCGCCCUGUCACCCUACCCCUCAUCGGCGGGGAACUGCAGCAGUAACAGCAGCUCAUCCUCAUCGUUGGAGGAGGAAGACCGGGCGAUUGCGGGAAAGGGGUUCUUUCUGCAUCUCUCUCCGGUGUCGACCCCGAGAGAAUCCGAGCCUCAGCUGCUGAAUCUGUUCCCUCUGACGUUGCCGAGGGCAGAGGAAUCGCAGCCCUAA